CUGCCUUCGCAGGUGACCAGGUCAGAUCACCGUGCGUCCUGCAUGGAAAUGGGGGUUUCAUAACGUGGCGGGCUGGGAAGUUUCCAGGUUAAAUGUUUGUAUUCUAGUUUUUGAAGGCCAAGAAAGGGUUUGUUAUGGCGUGAGUUCCAUGGCAAAGAUUUAUUCCAAAUUUCCUGGAAAGAAUGUGCUCUGUGCUGUAACUUGAAGUUAAAACCUAGCCCAUUUUGCACGUUGCCCUUUUCGUUAAAUAGGGAGGGAGAUCUUCUUCCCAGGGCUAAACAAACUCCUAGCAGAGCCAGCUUCUCUCUGAAUCUUCUUUCAAGAUUCAUUGUAGAAGAUUUGAAAAGAGUUUGAAGAUAAUUUAAAGCUGUAAUAUUUUAUCGUUUAGACUGUUUGAUCUCCAGAAAGUCAUUCAAAUCUUUAUUUCAUUCAAUAUCUGUUGAUUUCAAUUCUGAAAAUGGGAAUCGAGGAGAUGGCUGUUUCAGAGUUUGAUAAUCAGUCUUCGAUUAGGACCGCCGAUCGAAUUAAGUUUCUGUACAGCUAUGGAGGGAGAAUUGUUCCUCGCCAUGGCGAUUGGAAGCUCCGCUACGUGGGCGGCGAUACCAGAGUCAUGGCCGCCGACAGAAACAUCACAUUUGCAGAUCUUAUGGCCAAAAUGGCAGAGGUCUUAGGUUCGAGCCCCGUGCUCAAGUGCCAGUUGCCCAAUCAAGACCCGGAUGCUCUGGUCUCCAUUAAAUCCGACGAGGACCUGCACAACAUACUGGAGGAAUACAACAGGCAAGGAAUCAAACAGGGCUCCUCCAAAGUGCGGGCUUUUCUGUUCCCGAGAACCCGAAACCCCUCAAAGCAACCUGUGGCGCCCACUUCCAUGGCUGCCCGGACUGGUUGCAGGCACCCCAGUCAUCAGCCUCGGCGGGCAACGAGCCAGUCCCCUUAUGCCCGUUCAGAUUAUCAAUACAAUACUUCAGCCAGGUGUGCAAGUAAAACGAUUCCAGACAGAGCCAUUUCAUCAGGUUACAUGGAAUACCAGCACUGCCUGCGAUCAUUUUUUAUAAACAACCGGUCGCCUUCACCUCUAUGUUGUCAUUAUUACACUUCCCCUUCGCCAUUUCCUUCAACACAGAAUACCCAGCAACAUAUAAGAUCAUACAUGAAAGUGGCCUAGAAGAUUUUUGUGCUCUUCAACGGUUACUGGAAUUUUUUUUACCGUUAUAACGUCUAGAAAUGAUUUUUUCUUACUGUAAAAAAACUCCAUAGCAGUCAUGUAAAAAGUUCAUACUCAUAUUAAAUUUGAAGGGCCCUCCAUGAUAUUUAAAGUAGAGAAUAAUUGAAAACAGUUAUGAUCGUGGACCCAGAUCGAAACUCUAAAGCUGCAGUGAUAAUUGAAUUCGAUUUUGCAUAUAAUCAUGGCCGAGAUCGAAUCGUCGCAGAGACUUUCAAUAUUAUAAAGUCAAAUUUGGGUAUGCUUCUGAUUGGAUAGUGGGAACCUCAGACAUUUUCAUUAAAUUUUGUACCUAUCAUGUCUGAUCUCUUUCCAGUCUUUGUCUGCCACUAACAUUGCCAUAGUGUCUAUCCAGUCUCUACUAUGCACAUACAAACAAUACAUGUUGCAUAUACAUAUAACUGCAUGCCUGUGCAUUGUAAUGUAAGGGCUGGGUAGACGUGCCAUAGCCGCCCACAGAGUACCAAUUUUAAGAAAAAGUGAGAAACCAUGUUAAUAAAAACAUGACGGUUGUAAUGGGUUUCUAACAGAUUGAGUGAUAUUGAAUGUAAAGUUUCAAUAUUAGAAGGGAUGAGGUUGGGAUUGGUAAAUAGAUAUCUUAUAUCAUAUUUGAUGGGUUUAUGUUCUGUAUAUAAAUGGGUAGAUUUUCAAGGUUGUUCUUGUUAUGUUAGUUAUGGACAGCAUAGUUUGUUAUUGUUUUGAGUUUCAGUUUACUCCUUGUAUUGAGAUUUUUGGGUUAUAACGGCUUGGAUUUUGGUUGUUUGGAUGUUGGUAGUAUUCUACUCUCAUUUUUUGGCAGCCUACUAGUUGCCUGUAUUUAUGUAUUUUUUCUUGCAUUGAUUCAAUAAAAAAAAUAAAAAAUUCUUCGAUAUUUGAUC